UAAGCGAUGAGCAGCAUCGGAACAGGUUACGAUCUAUCGGUCACUACUUUCUCACCUGAUGGCCGCGUUUUCCAGAUCGAGUACGCCGCCAAGGCCGUCGACAAUAGCGGGACUGUUAUAGGGAUCAAAUGCAAGGAUGGCAUUGUGUUGGGCGUGGAGAAACUUAUUGCUUCGAAAAUGAUGUUACCGGGUUCUAAUCGGAGAAUACACUCGGUUCAUCGCCACUCUGGCAUGGCUGUGGCAGGGUUAGCAGCUGACGGUAGGCAAAUUGUUGCGAGGACCAAGUCUGAAGCAACUAACUAUGACAGUGUAUAUGGAGAACCUAUUCCCGUUAAGGAACUUGCUGAACGCGUGGCUAGUUAUGUGCACCUUUGCACACUGUACUGGUGGCUCAGGCCUUUUGGAUGUGGCGUCAUACUAGGAGGUUAUGACAGAGAUGGACCACAAUUGUACAUGGUUGAACCUUCUGGUGUUUCCUAUAGAUAUUUUGGUGCUGCAAUUGGGAAAGGCAGGCAGGCUGCAAAAACAGAGAUUGAGAAGCUAAAGCUUACUGAUAUGACUUGCCGUCAAGGGGUUAUUGAAGUAGCCAAGAUUAUUUGUGGAGUUCAUGAUGAGGCAAAGGAUAAAGACUUUGAACUUGAAAUGAGUUGGGUGUGUGAUGAAUCAAAUCGCCAACAUCAAAAGGUCCCCGAUGAGCUUCUAGAAGAAGCUAAGGCAGCAGCCAAAGCUGCUCUUGAAGAAAUGGAUGCUGAUUAGUCCGUUUAAAAUAUUUAUUUAGUUCGACAGAUGUAUUUCGGUAACUUACUAUUUGAGCACUUGGAACUUUUAAAGGAAAUGUAAUGCCUUCAACCGUUGGAUUUUGUAUGCUUGAUGCCUUGAUUAUUAAACGACCAGUUCCUAGGGAUAAAUCUUCUGAAGAAGUGCUUUAGAUUGUGGCCUUCGGUUGUUGAUUUGUUGUUUGUAUUCUGUCUUCCUCGCCCAUGUUUACUCAACUUACCAUCAGGUUUCUCUUUUAUAUAUGUUGGAAUGCAUUUCUCUUCUUGA